CUCGUCUCUAUAAUUAACGAUUAAGUUAACAUCAAAAUCUUUCUUUCCUCUGGAACCAGCCAAAACAACGAGAGAUAAUGGCUUUCCAAACCAAUUCUUACAACGAAUAUCCAAUUCCACCGACCUCGGACACUCCUCCUGCUCGUCGUAGAUGGUGGUCACGACCAAUAGUGACUGUGCCGCCAACGCAUGGUCGUAAAGCCACUUGUAUGGAAACUACGGUUUGCCUUACACCUUGUUGCGGCGCAAUAUUCACCAUCAUCGCCGUAUGUGUAUAUCUCUUUCACUUCGUCGACAAUGCUCACUGCGACGCCAAAUUCGCCAUCCAAUCCAUCGCCGUCUCUCCAUCCUCUGCCACAUGGCACGUUGAUUUUCUAGUCAAAAACCCUAGCUCUAGGUUUGUAAUCUACUACGAAGGCGAUGAAACUGACGUGAGUCUCGGUCCCUUAAGCGCUGCCGUUUUAAAUACUUCUCACGAACGUAAGUCUCCAAGUCACACGGCUUUCUCUGUGGAUUUCGUUGCGGAGGGUAAUCCAAAUGACGUCGUUUCCGAACAAUUAUAUAUUAAAUUAAGGGCUAAGCAUAAGAGUUACGAAGAAAAAUAUGAUAACGCUGGACAUAUUGAUAUAAGUUGUCGUAAUCUAAGUCGAAGCCAUGAGAACGUUGAGAAGAUUCAGUGUGACUCUUCUUUCACAAAAUUGAAGAUUUUGUAUAGAAAUCGUAAUGAUAAUUAGGCAUUUUCAUCAUAUUCUUGUUUUCUUGUGAUUCGCUCGAUAAGUUAUUGUUUUGGUUACAAUACCAGUGAAACUAGUAGAUCUCUUAAUCCUAUGUAUAAUGGAUGAUGCACUAGGAACAAAAAAAACACAUAAUCUUACUUCAUAAUGUUGCAAUAAUAAUAUCAAAAGAUAUUA